UUUCGGUCGCCGGUACUGUACUUUAUGUUAUUCCUUCGCAUACAAAUCAUCACGGUAAUGGUUUUGCUGCUCAUUAUCAUUCGAACAUGCCACAGACACUGCAACUCAUCAUAAACAGACUAUGGAGUGAGAGGGGAGAGGAGAGACAGAGACAGACAGACAGAGAGUGUGAGCGCAUGGAAAGCGAGAAAAAUCGAAUGUUUAGGAUUUCCUGUUCGUGUUCCCCCUUUCAUGGUCUUCUGAUGAUUGCAAACGACAGCGGGAAAGGAUUUGCUGUUGAUGAUGGAGCUGAGUAAAUAUUUGAUGAACUAGCGCACAUGACACACCCACGACUGGUCGGUGGCCGGCUGGGAGGGGGACACGAAAUGAAAACACAGACCAAUCUCUCAACCACAACCUCGAAUAAUCGGUCGUCGGUUUGCUGAUCGAGUCCUUCACUUCUUGUCGGUCUUGCCAGAAGUGUUGUCUUUGAAGUCGAAGCCAAAACACUCCAACCAGUCGGUCGGUGUGCAUGUUUGUUGUGUGUUUGUAGUAACUCCGACGAAGAGAACUCAGCCUUUUUGGAAACUACAUUCAUCAUCAGACGGUCCCCCUUCCCCGGGUGUGAUGGAAAUAAAAACGCCAACCGAUCAGCACCGUAAACUGUCAACCAUUUCCGAUGGUACGCGCCUGGGAAUGUCCGAAGAUUCGGCGAGUCAGUUCCGCCAACGGCAGCAACAACAGCAAACACAUCGGAGAUACAGCUUCAGGGAGGAACUGUUCCAACUGUUUGCUUCGAUAACGGCCCACUGCUACAAGCAGUUGGCCAACGCCGAACGCUCGAUCUGGGAGCGGUUGUUCUGGUUGUUGGCCCUUAUCCUCGAAGCGGCCACCCUGGUGGCGAUCAUCGUGUCCGCUUGGGGUAAGUUUACGGCCAAUCCACUGAUUACCACGCUGCACGAUACGAUCUAUCCGAUCGAGCACGUACCGUUUCCGGCGAUCUCGCUGUGCAACAAUAAUCGCAUCUCGCGGACCGCCGCCCUCCGGUACGCGGAAACGCUGGCCCAGCGGGACACGCAGCGGCGCAACACGAGCUACUUUCUCGAUCAGAUAGCCCUGCUCGGGAAGCUGUACGAUUACGAUUUCGAGAAUCUGCAUCAGAUGACCAAGUUUCAGGAGUUUCUCGAUCUGCACGACGUAAGCAACGCGACCGGGAUGUACAGUACGCUCGAGACGCUUGCCAAGCUGUCGCCCCGUUGUGAGGAUAUGCUGCUGCGGUGCUUUUGGAAAAGCAUCGAACUGCCUUGUAUGCUGCGGAACGAUAUGAUCGAGGUGCGUCGCACGCAGUACGGCUUCUGCUGUACGUUCAACUUUAUCGGUCACAAUGAGGAUAACGAAAUUCAUCCACCGCCGUACUACUUGGACGUCACGGGACCGGAAAUGGGAUUGGUACUGCUACUGAAUGGUUCCACUAAUGACUACUUCUACAACCUGUUCAACAACAUCGGAUUCAAUCUUCAAAUUUUCAAUCCCAACGAAGUGCCGGACAUCACCGCCGGUGGUGUAAGCGAGCAGUUCAUACACCUCGGCACGGAGACGUUCAUCCGCGUCGAUGCCAUCACCAUCAACAGCGAACCGGAUGUGCUGGGCUACUCGAGAGAGAAGGUAAUGAUGGACACGGUGGACACGGUCGUACCACCCCACUACCUUUUGUGCACCUUCAUUCUAGGUUCCGCUGCUCUGUGGGGCUCUACUGCCCCGGUGUGGAAUGUCCUAGCGCAGGAGCGCCAGUGUGUGUUCCGAAACGAGCUGCUCAAGUAUGGAUCCGUGUACGGGCGCAGUAACUGUGUGGCCACGUGCCGCAUCCGAAGUGUGCUGGCGCUGUGCGAGUGUGUACCGUUCUUCAUGUCGACGGCCACUAAUGUGGGCAGCAAAUCGGUCACGAUCUGCAACCUGCAGCAUAUCGCCUGUCUGAACAAGUACAAAAUCAAAUGGUCAACGGUGAUAACGGACAUCGUGCAGAUACCGGGGCUGGAGAAGGAGAUGGAAGAGUCGCUGCUCUGCCCGGACUGUCUGCCUUCCUGCUCGGACAGCAAGUACCAGAUCACGGCCUCGGCCCUACCCCUUAUACCGUCGAACCGCGAUGGUUUCAGCAUUACGGCCGGCAUCGGUGACGUGCGGGACGUUAGCGUGGUGCGCAUCUUCUUCGGUCAACCGGAAACGUGGAUGUACAAGCAGAACGUGGCCUACUAUUGGUUCGAGAUAUUUAGCAACUUUGGUGGCAUGUUCGGCAUCAUGGCAGGCAUGUCGCUGAUAACGCUGAUGGAGUGUGUGUACUUUGUGGGGCGCCAGUUUGGUCUCAUGUUUAUGACCCGCUCGUGGAGUGCCGCCACUAGCCAGCGAAAGCAACGGAAACCCAUCCUACCGUUGUUACAAUGAACCCCGUC